AGUUUUUCUUGUUGUUUCUUUUUGUCCUUUCGUUCAUCUUCACCUCUUCUCUCUCGUGCUCUCCUUUCUCCCAUACUACUACUUCUAGUACAUCCUCUCAUGGUGUCAGCUUCUCUAUGUCGACGAAGAUUACAACGGUGGCAUCGUUCGCUACGUCCUCGCCAAGAUGGAGAAGGAGAGCACCAACAGUCACGGCCAUAUCACCUCCCUCGUCGACCUCCGCACCCAGCGCAAACUCAGUCUCGCCACCAAACUCACGACCGCCACACAGAAUGCCAUGGGACAGGUGUUUGGUGCCGAGUACGUGUCCCUACUCGUGCGCCAGAGCAACCGCGCGACCUUCGAUUUCUACACCGAGACCUUGGGGUACAAGAUUCAUAACGUGGAGGCUAAGCAUUAUGCAGUCGGAGAGAUGCUUAUGAGAUGAGGAAUCAACUCAAGGGGAAGCAGUAGCACUUCAAUAACAAAAAGGUAUUUUUAGGUUAUAGCAUUUUUGUAUUUUGCAACGAACUGUGUUGAUCUGGGGUUAAGAAAUGCUCUUAUAGUUACACGUGUCAAUGUGCUACAUAAUUUCCUAAAGGAUUAGGGAUGUUAAUCAGCCUUCUAAAACUGCUCAUCACUACAAAACAGUCUAUUUUGUCAGAGGAUGAAUUUGCAAGUUUGACCGAUGUUCAUAAUUUAAGUUUCGAAUUUUGUGACAAUUUGAAUUUUUUGUUCCGUGGGGAACAACUCAUAUGCUUUGAAGUUUUUAUCGUUCAUACAUGUGGGAGCCUGGAGUCCUCUCUUCUUCAUAUUCUUCCUAAACUGGAGGUGGUUCUGUUUGUCAUAAGGUGUUAGAUGCUAAAUUUGUCCUUGAACUGUGAAAACCUUAUCCACAUAUUGGUAGGAAAUAUUCAACUAAAAGUGACCAACUAGGUUCUCCAAUGGAGAUUAUUCAUCUAUGGAAUUAAUGGAUACUUUACACUAAUGACUUCGUAUAUAUAAAAUAGUUCAUCGUUUGUAAA